GAAGAAGAGGAAGAAAACAACCCGGAAGCACGUGGAAAGAAAACAGAAAAUGCGAGGCUGCUAGGAGUUGCAAACGAUUAUAUGUCAAUUUAUCGUUUGUUGAGUCACCGGAAUAGAGACAGCAUUUUUUGGAAGAUCACAUUUCUAGGCAACAGAAAAAGUUAUCCCACUAGUAAGAUAGCUAGCAAGCUAACUUUACUCCACUGAGCUUCUCAACAUGGUUCGGGCGCUAAGAACCAAACGCGCCCCUCCGGUGAAGAAGACGGAACAGUUUGACGAAGAUGACCCUAAAGCAUUCAAGGACAUGCCUGUCCCAGAUAAGAGAUCCUCGCAGUAUACAAAGGACAAGGUCGACGAGUUCCACGAUGACAAAAUCUCGAAACUCAUGGCACGUGGUGUUCAGAUGGACAGUGACCAGGAAGAUGGUGAUGAUGAGGAGGAAGUGAUGGCUCUGGACCUCACUGACUCGGAGGAAGAGGAGGAGGAAGAGGAGGAGGAGGAGGAGGAAGAAGAGGCUGAUAUGGACAGUGAUCUGGAGGGGAAGAAGGAUGAUUAUCUCCCCAAUGAUAUGGCAUGGGGAAACAGGAAGAAGAUGUUCUAUGACUCUGACUAUGUGGCUGCCAAGGGGAAAUCGCAGCAAGACGCAGAGGCAGAGGAUGAAGAGGAAGAGGAAGAAGCUAAGAAUAUUCAGAGACGAUUGGCUGCCGAUCUUAGCGAGGAGGACUAUGAUCUUAACCUCCUUCAGGUAUACAUUAUCAGCAACAAACUUGAAAAAUUCCAGAAAAUGAAGGAGAGGAUUGUGAAGGACCUGCAGCAGAUGUCCCAGAAGGAGAAGAUGAAGCUGCUGAAGAAAGAGUCACCAGAGCUACUGGAGCUCAUUCAGGACUUUAAGGCAAAGUUGGCAGAGCUGAAGGACGAGCUGCAGCCUCUUUUGGAGAUGGUCAACGAUGGACGGAUCCCACCAGGAAAGGGUGCCAACUACCUCAGGACCAAACAGCAGCUUUAUCUAAAUUACUGCACAAACAUCAGUUUCUACCUGGUCCUGAAAGCAAAGCGUAUUCCCGCACACAACCACCCUGUGAUUGAAAGACUGUUGACUUACAGAAAUCUGAUUAAUGAGAUGGGUGAGGUAGACGCUCGGCUUGCCCCACAGCUGCGCCAGCUGCUCUCUGCAGACCAGAAGGAGAAGUCCGCUAGAAAGUCGGAGGGCAGCGUGCAGAUCACCAACAAAAAGGUCAAGGUAUCUGAAGAGGCUGGGGCGGAAUCAUCUGAAGACUCAUACUCUGACUUGGAUGAGGAGGCUGCUCUGCGUUUCUACAGAGGUGUGGAGGAGCGGCUGAAACUGAAGAGGAAGAGCAAGGACCCGCAGGCUGAGGAAGGAUUGGAGGCGGCAGGAGAUGACUAUGUGGAUCCAGAUGCCAAGAGACGCAUUACCUACCAGAUGGCCAAGAACAAAGGGCUUACACCAAAGAGGAAGAAGAUUGACCGCAAUCCCAGGGUCAAACACAGAGAGAAGUUCAGACGAGCCAAGAUCCGCAGAAAGGGACAGGUUCGUGAAGUCCGUCGUGAGGAGACAAGAUACAGUGGAGAGCUGUCUGGUAUUCGUGCUGGUGUUAAAAAGAGUGUCAAACUCAAGUAACCAACCCAACUGUUUCAUUUAAGGAAGAAUGUCAACAGUUCCCUGUGGACUGGAGGCGAUUUGUGUGAUUUCUCCAGCACAAUGUAAUACCAACAUACAGUUGGGGUUUAAUGUCCCAAGUCUGUCACUUUACCGAUGUAAAUGUCUGACAUUGUCAGAGUAAUCUACUUUGUUGUAAUGAAACUGCAAUAAAGUUGUUCUUAAGUCAAA